AAAUGAUUGUUCUCAAAACGAGGCUUAUCUUGUUUUGAUUUUGAAGAGACUCCAUUUUUGUGGCGGAUGGUCUACGUUAUUAUUGAAAAAUCAAGAUUCAUCGAGCCCAAAGGGAGUGUCCAAUUUGAUAUUUUAUUUCAUACUUAAUCAGUUUGGGCAUUCUUUUAUCAUACAGUCCACUUUAGUGGCAUAUUGUACCCUAGAUUUUCAGGAAUUUGGACUUUCUUCGAACCGUAUCCAUCAACAAAAGAUGGCUUGCGGUGCAACUUUGAAAAGAUCUUUAGAAUUCGACCCUUUGCAUAGCCCAAGCCAAACUACACCUAAACGAAGAAGAUGUAUGCCCAUGACUCUAUCUCCAUCAACUCCUCCUACUAAACAACACCAACUUCAACCCUCUCCUUUCGGGGAAGUCGGACCAAAAUUAUCGUCAGAGCAAAUUGCCACAAAUUUGAGUCAUGAAAUAAAGAGAAUGCAGAGAAGAAAACAAUUACAGUACCCAGGAUGUCCAAGCCCACCAAAUAUGUCCCCUCCCCACGAGUCCUCCUCUCAGUCAUCACUUUUGGAUCUACCUUCAGGAUCUUCAUCUACCUCCUUGUUCAAUGCCCUCUCUCCACACAAAAAAGACAUUCCCAUUUUUACCUUUAGGCAAGUCAGUAUGAUUUGUGAGCGCAUGCUGAAGGAUCGGGAGGAUCAAGUGAGACAGGAAUAUAACUCAGUCCUCACAUGCAAGCUAGCAGAACAAUAUGAGGCUUUCUUAAAGUUCAACCAUGACCAGAUUCACAGAAGGUUUGGUGAUACACCAGUUAGUUGUAAGUAUUUCUAACCCAGUUAAACUACUCGAUAAUAGAAUUUGAAAUACUUUUCACACACAGCAAAAAUAUCUGUUAAUGCUAAUGUAACACUACCUAUUCAGUUUUGUUUUUGAUUAAAUGUGAAUUUGCUUUACUAAUGAGUAAGUCCUCAUGAAAAUUCACUAUCCAGAUGGACAGUGCUACCAAAAUUUGAUUUUGAUUCACCUUUGAGGCUUAAUGAUAGCCCGGAUGUACUAUUUAAAUGUAAAUCAUCAUUGAUAAGUUUUAUGUCUGAUUCUGUCACCUGUCUAAACUCUUCCAGGGCUUACAAGGAAUCUGUUGGUUUUAUUUUGUUUAAAGGCUAGUGUUUAUAAGUGCAAUCUUCAUUGAUUGUCUCUUUUUUUUCAAAAGUAUUCUUAGUAAAUUGAGACAGUAAAGAUUAAAUACAACUUGAGGGGUGGAGUUAUUAUUUUAGUUUACACCUCAGUUGGAUCAUGUUUUCUCAUAUUCACUCCAAAGUCUAAUUGAUUUAAAAAAAUUUACUUAAUGGGAUUGAGUGACAAUUUUCCCAAAUGAGACACAUUUUAAACUAAUAUGAAUUUGCAUCAGAGCUAGGGUUAUAUAAUUUGAGAAUGGAUGAAUGAUGUGCACUUCUUUUAGUAUUGGAUUUUUGUUGCAGACUUCUUUUUCAAAUAUGUCUCGGGGUCUUUAUAGAUAUUUACAAUUGGCAGAAAGUCACUUGUGCUAUUUAACACCGUCAUUUUUAUUUUAUUUUUUGCAGAUGUUUCAUAAAAGGAAUUGGAUGUACCAAGCUAUGUGUUCUAAUAUGACUGAAACACUGUUGAAUGGAAGAGUUAAUUUUGAUUGGUCGUUUGAUUGAAACAAUUCUUAAGGUUCACAAUAUCAGAAAAAUGCUUAUUGUGCUUCUAGAACUUUCAUCUCAUUUUGAGACAACAAAAAAAUACCUGUGAAAAACUUGCAGAAGUGACAUUUGUGCUGUGUAUUUGUGAAGUUUGCAAGUGGAUAUUAUUUGUGCUUCAAAUGGAAGUGAAAAACAAACUCUCUUGGUGCCAAUGUUUGUAUCCAAACACAAUAUUCAUGCCUUCUGUGCAUUUAAUUUUGAAGUGAAACUGUCAUGGUGGCUCAACUUGUUGCACUCGACUUGUUGCAUUCUGUGUCCAUUUCAUACUGAAUUUACUUUUUAUAUGUGGAAUUAAUAUUUAUUAGCAUGAGGCAAGUUAUGUACAUACGUAGUAUAUUGAAAUGAACCAUUACCAUUUAUUACCUAGCGCUGAAUGUUGUCAUCUUUUACACACCAAUUUUAUAAACAUAUAAAAAUAAUUAUAAUUUGAUAUGAACAUAAGUUCUAUUAAAUUUUAAAACUAACGUAUAAUACUAUAGUGAUGUAUGCUAUUUAACAAUUUCAAGUUCAAGUACACAUAAAUAUCUAUGAUGAUGCGUCAUGCAGUGUGAAUACCUAUUAGGUCAUUAGUGCCUGGCAAGGUGUAUACUGCAGUGUUGAAGAGGUUUUUGUUGCAUUUUAACUUGCAUUAAUAUUAGGGGUUGCCUUCAGAGAAUGUUGGCUUUCCUGGUUCAUUUUUUAGUUCAGUGGUUUUUAACACAGGUAGUGUUUUAAGUUAUGAUAAAAUAGUAAGUACUGUUGUGAAAAGCUGCUGUAAAUAUAAACUUGUUGAAUAAAGUAAUAAUAAAUCAGAA